UCACUGCUCAUUGGUCGGCAGGGUUUACGUCACGAUUUAACAUCGGCUAGCUGCUUUGGUUAUUGCGGGUGCGAAUAUCAGGUUAGAAUUUCCCCCCCAAAAUUGUGAGUAUUAACGACAUCAAUUACGCUUUGUGCAAGAAGCAAGGCAGUGCAAACAUCUCCGUGCGUGCGUCGAUAAUUGUAUUAGAAUGGUCCAGGUAGGUUCUACGCGCGAGCUCGUGCGGGACGUUAAUUGCUAGCAGAAUAACCGCUGGAACGUUUCUGGACAUGCUGGGCGACGCAAUGAUCACAACUGAGGAAUCGGAAGAAACAACUGAAGAUUCGAAAGAUCGGACAUGCGAUGUUUCCUCCCGUAGAAAGCAAGAGUUAUCGAAUGCGUUCGAUGAGUCGCUGCAGGCGUCGCAGGCCGAACCACAGUCCUUAACCUGGUUGGAUCAAAGUUUUGAUGAGCCAGCAAAGCGAAGGGACCCAAGAUGGCAGAAUUAUGCCUUGGUGUCAAUUGUCUACGAGCCCAGCACAUUAGAUCCACCUACAGGAGAAGAAGCUACUCCCUAUCAUAUGAAUCCGCACAAUUUGAAAAGGUCGCGGAACGACACGUCGCUCGUUUUGUUGACAAGGAAGUUUUUGAGCAUGCUGCAGCAGUCGAAAGAUGGCGUUUUGGACCUGAACUUGGUGACCCAGGAACUCAACUCCUCCAAAAGACGUGUCUAUGACGUCACAAAUGUCCUGGAGGGGAUCAACCUAAUCAAAAAGAUAUAUAAGAAUCAUGUGCAGUGGUUGGGUGAUUGGCUCAACAAAGACACAAUUAAAAUGAUGAAUGACCUUUCUGAAAAAGAGAAGAAGCUGGACGAGCUGAUCAAAAGCUGCACGAGAGCAAUUCAUGGGAUAUGUGUGGACGAGCAGACCAGCAGGUUUGCCUAUGUGACUUAUGAGGAUAUUCAAAGCAUUCCCUUCAUGAGGGAGCAAACUGUGCUUGUGAUCAAAGGCCCCGAAGACACAACGCUGGACGUGACGCACCCAAAAGAAAGCUUGCAAGUCCACCUCAAGAGCACUCGAGGCCCAAUUGACGUGUUGAUCUGCUCGGACGAGCCUCUACCAAUGGAAGUCACAGAUGGGGAUUUGGAAAGCCACGCCCAAUAGAGACGCUGCCGCUGACUAAUUGUACAGCUCAUUUCUUCAGAUGCUCCUGAAAAGUGAACCCUGUUUUUAAAGAUGCCACUUUCCAAAAACAACAAGCCUGUUUACCAAACACGCACAACAACUCUGUUACAUUUGAAAGAAAAACUCCAUCCAAGACCCGCAGAACUUGGCCGCCUUCAUCACUGAAAAUGACCUCAUCACCGAUGGGCUUUUUAUCUCCCUCUGCUGAUAACGCGCCUUUUCCCUUUCGGUACUCCCCUUUGCAUCGGCCAUUGUCAUGCAAACUGUACAAUGUAUUUACUGGUACCUGAAUGUACCUAAAAUGGACUCACUGGUCUGAUAUGUAUAGAGUUAGUUGCAUCACAUACUGUACUUGACUGAAUUGUGUUUCAAAGUCACAUGAUGCAUAUUUAUCGCCUUGUCUCCAUGAAAUGACAUUUUCUGUCCAUCUGAGUGUCAAUGUCUGCAUACACUCAUGAAAUUGAUAACAUUGACUUCCAUCCUGACCGUCAACGGAUCCACGCAUUCAAAUCAUUGAGUCAUUGUCAACGGAAUCAAUUCUCUAUGCGCGUGUGAUGUGUGAACGUGGAAAGAUUUAAACACACUUCAAACUUUUUUUUUCAGCCAAGAGAACUUUCUGUUCUGUUCCCAGAUAUUCAUUUUAAAAUGGUAACAUUGCGUCUGUAAAGAGUGUGGGAGGAGGAGGCACCUGCUUGAAAAUAAAAAAGUGCCUUGAAAUAA